AUGCAAGACGACCUCUUCUCCUCCCAGCACAUUGCUGCCCGCGUGGCGCACCGAUCUGCUGCUUCUAGUGCAGCAUCUCGCACCGUUACAGACAACCUCCCAACACUUCCCACCCAACAGGCCCUCCGCGCCGCAGAGGCCUCGCUGCCCAAUCCCUCCAGUGCAGAAUACCUCGCCGGCCAGGAUGCCACCGCUGUCUGCGAGCAUAUUGUUAGGGACAUUGUCCCGGCCCUCAAUGGCCAGGGCUCGUCAGCAAGAUACUACGGCUUCGUCACCGGCGGCGUGCUCCCCGUCGCCGAGUGGGCAGACAAUGUCGUCUCCCGCCUCGACCAGAACGUCCAGGUCCAUCUGCCCGAGCAAACUGUGGCCACGGCCGUCGAAGAUGCCGCCCUGGAAAUGUUGGUGCAUGUUCUUGGCCUGAGCGAUGGCGGCCAGCAGUGGUCCGGCCGUACGUUCACUACGGGAGCCACGGCUAGCAAUGUGAUUGGUCUGGCUUGCGGCCGGGAGGUAUCUGUUGCCAAUAAGGCCCCUGGCAAGGACGCAUCUGUUGGAGAACUGGGUUUGCUGGCGGCGUGCGCAACGGCCGGUGUCUCGGAGAUCCAGGUCCUCACCAGCGCGGGGCACAGCUCGCUCUACAAGGCCGCCGGCAUCAUGGGCAUUGGCCGCGCAAGCGUCAAGGAGCUCCCUGCCGCUCAGGACCAGCCUUGGAAGCUCAACCUGGACGCAUUGGAGGCUGCCCUCAGCAAGGAGGGCACUGCGAGCAUCAUUGCCAUUAGUGCCGGUGACGUCAACUCGGGACGCUUUGCGCUCGCCGGUAAGGCUGAGUGGGUGCGUGUUAGAAAAUUGGCCGACAAGUACGGCGCCUGGAUCCACGUCGACGGCGCAUUCGGCAUUUUUGGCAAGGUGCUUCCCAAGGACGACUCGCAGUACGCUCUCAUCCAUGAGCGCCUCGAGGGCAUCGAGCUCGCAGACAGCAUCACCGUAGACGGACACAAGCUCUUGAACGUGCCCUAUGACUGUGGCAUGUUCUUCACCAGGUCCGCAGCCACGCUCCAGGCCGUCUUCACCAACCCCAACGCCGCAUACCUCUCGUCCAGCUCCGCAGCCAGCAUCGCCUCGCCGCUCAACAUUGGCCUCGAAAACUCCCGCCGCUUCCGCGCACUGCCCGCCUACGCCGUCCUCCUCAGUGAAGGCCGUCCGGGUCUCGCCGCGCUCGUCGGCAACAUGGUGCUCCUGGCCCGCCACAUCGCCGAGUACCUGCGCGACUCGCCGCACUAUGAUCUGCUCCCUGACGAGCCUGCCUCUUUUGACGAAGUCUUCAUGGUGACCUUGUUCCGCGCCAAGGACGACGCACUCAACCAGGUUCUUGUGGACAAGAUCAACGCCACUAGAGACGUCUAUGUCAGCGGCACGAGCUGGGCUGGCCGAAAGGCUGUCCGUGUAGCCGUGUCCAACUGGCGAGUCGAUGUUGAGCGAGACUUUGCCGUUGUGAAAAAGGUGCUUGACGGUGUUGCUGAGCAGCAGUAG